AUGGAUCCUGCAGAACGGGAUGGCGACUCAAGGAAACCGAAUAAGCCCAAGCAUUCCAAAUUUUCACAGCAGGAGCUUCCAGCAUGCAAUCCAGUGCUGACACCUAAAAUUGUCGUUACUGUCUUCUUGCUAAUUGCGUUCCUAUUCAUUCCAAUUGGGGUUGUGACUCUGAAUGCAUCACGACAGGUUGUCGAACUGGUGGAGAGAUAUGAUAUAAGUUGUGGUCCCAAGCAUGACAAGAUCGGGUUCAUUCAGAAUUCCGAGACUGCAAAAACAUGCAAUAUCACACUGCAGGCGACUAAAUACAUGAAGAGUCCAAUCCUUGUAUAUUACCAGAUUGGCAACUUCUAUCAAAACCAUCGAAGGUAUGUGAAAAGUCGAAGUGAGAAACAACUCCUGUACAAGAGUGCUUCCCAUUUGACAAAAGCAUGUGAUCCUGAAAAUAAUACCGCUGGUGGUGCUCCAAUUGUUCCAUGUGGCCUUGUUGCUUGGAGUAUGUUCAACGACACAUUCACAGUUGAGGUCAAUGGGGAGACUAUUGAAGUAAAUAAAAAGGAUAUAGCUUGGAAAAGUGACAAGAAGCAUAAAUUCGGCAAUGACAUCUAUGCUAGUAACUUCCAGAAGGGAAAACUCAUAGGUGGUGCUAAGCUAAACCAGAGCAUACCAUUAAGUGAGCAAGAAGAUCUCAUUGUAUGGAUGCGAACGGCUGCCUUCCCAACUUUCAGAAAGCUAUAUGGCAGAAUUGAGAAAGAUAUCAUGGAGAAUGCUACAAUAACUGUGGUUAUACAAAAUAACUAUAACACAUAUAGCUUUGGAGGAUCAAAAGCGGUGGUCCUUUCUACUGCAUCUUGGAUUGGAGGAAGAAAUAAUUUCAUUGGUAUUGCGUAUCUGACUAUUGGUGCUUUAUGCCUUUUUCUUGCUAUGGGCUUCACAGUUCUGCUCAUGGUUAAGCCAAGGUAUGAUUCAUAA